GUAAGGUUAUAAUCACGUGUUGUAUAUGUUCCAGUGCAUUCAAUAGUGUGUAUAUGACUAUACUACUGUUUUGUUCAAAUAAAUAAAAGUUACCAUGUAAUGGUAUAUCAUUCAAUUUUAUUUGACUCUGCACCUAGUUAAUACUCAUUUUGACUGGAAGAUUAAUAUGUUUUUAAUUUGAACCAUUCAAUUAUUGUUAAAUUAAUGGCUACUACAGUGCAUAGUGUCAGAUUUUAUAAUCUGCUUCCAGUUUCUGUGAAGUGUAUGUCUUGUGAUGAGGAAGCAAAGUUGCUUGCUGUGGCUAGAGCCGAUAAUACUAUUGAAGUGUGGAACAUUACCCAUACGCCACAUAUAGAGAGAACUAUUUUAGGUGUAUUCGAUGUUGUGGAAGGACUUGAUUGGUAUAAGGGACGUCUGUUCAGUGUCGGUCAUCAAGGAUCUGUUAUCGAAUAUGACUUGUUUAGGCAAACGCCGAAGUCUAUGCACCCUGUCACGUCUGGCUGUUGUUGGUGUAUAUCUGUCAAAUCUGAAAGAAGACAAUUAGCAGCAGGCACCGAAGCUGGUUAUAUAAAUAUUUUUAAAAUUGAGGAUGAAGAAAUUGUUUAUGAAAAAAUUCUGGAUAAGCAAGAAGGUAGAAUUUUUUGUAUCGCUUGGAAUGCAUCGGGAACUCAUUUAGUUACAGGCUCCUUGGACACAGUCCGAAUCUGGGAUGUCGAAUCGGGGCAUGCUAUUCAUCGUAUGACUACGGGUCGACUGCAGGCGAAUCAGGAGACUAAAGUGUGGUCGUUGGCUGUAACUGAUGAUUUUACUAUUAUCAGUGGUGAUUCUAGGGGUAAACUGUGCUUUUGGGACGGCCACACAGGGCUGGGUGUUUCAAGUUACCAGACUCACAAAGCUGAUGUCCGAGCUAUCUGUUUGGCUAAAGACCAGAACACAGUUUAUUGCGCAGGUGUCGAUCCACUAAUAGCAACCUACGAAAAAGUUAAGAUUCGUGAAGGCGAUAUGAAAGGAAGAUGGGUCAAAUCGAUUCAAAGGUUUAUUCACGAUCACGAUGUCCAUUCAUUAGUUAUAUGUGAUAACAAACUCUAUUCAGCAGGUAUCGAUGGGUACAUCGCUCUGAGUAGUUAUCCACCUAAAGUGUUGUUCAAGUAUCCACCAUUAUUACAGACUCCUGCGAUCCAUUGUUCAAACCUGAAGAGGCUUUUGAUGCUCAGGUAUCCAAACUCUUUAGUUAUUUGGCGACUCGGCCAGAAAGAUGUCUGUCCUCCGACGAAGCUGUUGGAAUGGAAAUCUAUUUCGGACGAGCGGAUUAGGUGUGCUGCUCUGUCUCCUGAUGGUCGGUGGAUGGCCUGCUCGACGCAGGAAAGCUUUAAGUUGUAUUCUCUAUCUUUGGAUGAUAAAAAACCAAGGAUAUCCAAAGUGAAGGUUUCCUCGAAAGAGAACUUUGCCUCUCAGGUAAUGUGCUUCUCGCCUGACAGCUCUCUUCUAGUCCUGGGCACCAACGACGGUUGUGUCGUAUGUCUGUCGAUUUCGUCCGACCAACCGUCUGUUCUUUACUCCUUUGAUGCAUAUAAAGAUAAAGAGUUCAAAGACAGUAUAAGAAUGCUGGCAGUGUCGAAUGAUUCUCAGUAUAUUGUUGCUGCCGAUCUACAGAGUAACAUAAUUGUUUGGCAUGAUGGAAAGAUGCAUACCAAACUACCAAGGUACAAUUGUCCAAUUACUGCUAUGGCAAUACAUCCUUCCACAAAUGAAAUGGUCCUCGUAUAUGCAGAUCAUAAGAUCAUGGAAUAUUCAUUACGUAAAAGGAAAUACACCAAAUUUUCGAAAAUAUUACAAGACCAGCAUCCUAAACAGUGGCUCACGAGGCAUUUCCCAGUUCACAACCUCACUUUCGAUGAAAGAAAUGAUAACAUCAUUAUCCUUCAUGAUGAUUCAACGAUUCUUGUCAUCGAUAAGGAUAAGGAGCUGCCAGAAGUUGAAUCUAAAAUCCCUCGUUUAGGAACUUAUAAUAACGACAAUACUUUAGAAAACAGCAAUCAGCAUCCGUUCAGCCAUACUCCUCAGCAUGCUUUUCAUGUCAUUAAGAAAUACAAGCAUUUAGUCUACUUUGGCUCAUUGUGCGAAGGCGAGAUGGUCGCUGUCGAAAUCAGUCCAGUAACGCUCUACGAAAAACUACCUCCUUCAUUGAAGCAGAAACGUUUCGGCAGGAUGUAAAACUUUUCACUUCUUUGGCCAAUUCUUGUUUUGGAGAGAUGUACAACGGGCCACAAAUUUCAAGCGAAUGUUCAACUCCAGAGCGCCAUCCGACAAAUUCUGUAAAAAAAAUAAUGUAUAGAGUUAUAUAUUUUAAUAAUAUGAUGUUAUCUACUGUUUUAUUAAAAUAAACGAUAUUUUAUGAA